AUGCUUGCUCUGAACCGCACGUGUCGCUUCAGGAAACCUGACCUGAAAUAUCCUCUCUCUUUUCUCCAACAGAAGAUCAUCGGCGUCUUCAAACCAAAGAACGAGGAACCGUACGGCCAGCUGAACCCCAAGUGGACCAAAUGGCUGCAGAAGCUCUGCUGUCCGUGCUGUUUCGGCCGGGACUGUCUGGUCCUGAAUCAGGGCUACCUGUCAGAGGCCGGCGCCAGUUUGGUGGACCAGAAACUAGAGCUCAACAUCGUGGGCUCAUUCCAGCUUUUCGUGGAGGGGUAUAAAGAUGCUGAUUUCUGGCUGCGCCGGUUCGAGGCGGAGCCUUUACCAGAAAACACUAAUCGCCAACUCCAGCUACAGUUUGAGAGACUGGUGGUGCUGGAUUACAUCAUCAGAAACACAGAUCGAGGAAAUGACAACUGGCUCAUCAAAUAUGACUGUCCGAUGGAUAUAUCAAGCAACAGGGACAGUGACUGGGUGGUGGUGAAGGACCCCAUCAUUAAACUGGCAGCCAUUGACAACGGUCUGGCCUUCCCUCUCAAACACCCAGAUUCAUGGAGAGCCUACCCAUUUUACUGGGCUUGGCUGCCACAAGCGAAAGUUGCAUUUUCCCAAGAGAUCCAAGAUUUAGUUCUGCCCAAAUUAUCCGACCCGAACUUCAUCAAAGACCUUGAAGAAGAUCUAUAUGAGCUUUUUAAGAAAGACCCGGGUUUCGACAGAGGACAGUUCAAGAAGCAGGUCUCAGUAAUGAGGGGUCAGGUGAGUCAUUUAUAACUAUAUUAUAGUUGUGAUUACAGGUACUAAAAGCAAUAAUCUGCAUUAUAAUAUUAUGAUAUUUUAUACAGUAGGAC